AUGUCUGCCAUCGAAUACAAUAAUUUGCUUUUCAAAAUAAGCCAGAGACUGAACGAGUUGAAUGUAGGACGACAAUUGCUUGUUAUGUGUAGAGGGAAGGUGGCGCCUCGCGAUGAAGAAAACAUGCAAGACGUCUUCCCGUUGUUUGUAGAGUUGGAGCAGAAUGGUUUUCUUGGUGCAGAUAAAUUGAAUAUUUUAAAAGACCUUUUAAAAGGCCUUGAAGAAUGGUCACUUUUUGGGAAUGUCAAAUCGUUCGAGAGUAAACGAAAGGAAUACAACAGCUUGCUGGAGAGAAUUAUUCAUGUUCUAGACGAGCUCGAUUGUCUCGAACAGCUUGUCGCCAUUUGCAAUGAUCGGAUACCGGAAGAAAAGCAUAGCAGCAUACAAGAUGUUAGAUCACUGUUUCAGGAGCUGGAAAACAAUGACUCUUUAGGGAUCGAUCACCUUGAAGUCCUGAAGGAGAUUUUGACCCGACAGGAGAAAACUGAUUUACUUCGGGAAGUGGAGGAAUUUGAAGACGGAAAAAACCAAGAGGAAGAAUUUGAAUGGCGAAAAGGUAUUGUUACCGUUCUAGAUUCUUCUUUGGGUAUAUCCUCACGAUCCGUCGCGGCGGUUUUUGCUGAUUCUACUUAUUUCUCCCCCUUAUAACCUGUUUUAGGACCAUUUUUUGUACUCAGAGGGACCAAACGAAUGUCUACUGUAUCAAUAUAUAAUUACGAAAUAUUUCAUUUCUCUUUAAUUAAAUUGUUCUACCAUCAUGUAAUAUUAUUAAUUACGAACUGUCUACGCCGCGUCCAAGUCCGAUCUUACAUACCUGUACAAUGUUUCUUAGACCGCUGUUUUAAAAGGAAAUAUACGUCUAAGCCUGUAAGUGUUUAUGAUUUCUUAGAGAGGCAAGACCGUAAAAUUUUCUGGAAAAGUUUCUAAUGCUAAAGGACAUCCACUUUUAUCUAUUAUGCCUCGUGUUGAACCCACAGUGGUCCAGUUACAAUCUUAGGAAAGAAACUUGUUUUAGACCUAAGAUUAACACUAUGCGUUUUAAAAGCUCUAGUUAUUAAUCGUUGAGUUGUUAAUAUGAAUUAGCUAUGCAAUACACUAGAUUUUUUACUUCUCAUUUUUUACCUUUUUAAAAUUUCUUACACUUACUUGUAACGAAAGAUAUGUAUUUUUAUCUUUUGAUCAAUAAAGACUUUAUUAUUAUUAUUGUUAUUGUUAUUAUUAUUAUUGUUAUUAUUAUUAUUAUUAUUAUAUUAUUAUUAUUAUUAUUAUUACUAUUAUUAUUAUUAUUAUUUCAGCACAAGCAGUUGCGAUAGCGUCGUCGGCCAGCAGCAAUUUAGCUGGAGGUAAGUUGCGCUCGUAAUCAUUAAGCUCCAUGCACAUAACGGGGAUUCCCACCACGCCCCCCCCCCCGCCCCCCGCUGGGGAGACACGGCCUCUUGAACAGAGACAAAGAUCUCAGUCCGGUGAUUUUUUCUCAUAAGUGAGAAGUAUAUAUUAAUUUUUGUUAGGAUUGAUUAGAUCUUCUGUUUAGUACUGAUAUAAAAUAUUUAGACACUGGCAAACUGUUUAACAUUUCACGACUAGUGAACCUAUUUUAGGACUCUCAGUCAUAGCUAUAUCUUGGUUUUAAUGCUUCUUCAGAUCAGAUAGCUGAUAGACUUCAAAACAGUCUGAACUUUUCAGUGCGCAAUUGAAGAACGUGGAAGCGGUCAGUGAACAUCUGGAGAGAGAGAAAGCCGCGCACGCUCAAGCGCCAGUUCCAUUGGCUGCCUAUCAGACAGUUUUAAUUGAUCUCAGAGACUCGGUUAUGGCAUAUAGCCUUUCAUAGAUUUCCACUCCUGCAAAUCAAGUACGGGGGGGGAGGGUACUCCUGGGAAUUCUUGGUGGGGGUGUGCCGCCCGGUCCUCCAACACCUGACCCUAUUCCAGACCAAAAAAAUAUAAUUUCCCACACCCGUUUUCAGACCAGACCUCUAAAAUCCAUACCCGUUUUCAGACCUGACCUUUAGACAGAAAUUAUGUUAUCACUGUACUUAGACUAGAGCGCAAACAAAAAAAUUCUUCAAAUCCGUUUCGAGUUCGCAUACUUCUCUUUCUUUCUUACUCAGUUGGAAUUGAAACGAUGAAUACGUUCAUACACUCCUGUAGUUCCCUCAAAAACCAUACCCGUUUCCAGACCAAAAUGGGCAACGUGUAUACCCGCUUUCAGACCAAAACGGCGCAAAAACCCUACCCGAUGGGCCAGAACAUACCUAUAUAGCUUAUAUAAAGGAGUACCCCCGGGCUCAAGUCUUGCAUUGUUUGUUUAAAAAAGAGUUCAGAGGACAUUUUUUGAGACUUUAUUACUAUUUUGACUUAAAAUUGUUAUUGUCUUCCUUGAUUUUCAGUUCUGAACAUAAAGACAUUGUUCAAAGUGGCUGCCGGGGGUACAAUUAUAGCUUCUGCCUAUCAGCUACUGAGGCGUGGCUGCACAUAUGAUCAGUUCGUAACUGCUGUUAAUACCUGCGUCCUUCCUGCUGGCGUUAAACUGAUGCAAAUAGCUGAAGGGAGCGUGAUCCUCAAAGUUCAAGCCGAAAACAUUUCAGCUCUUAACGCCUUGUGGUGUUUAUACAGAGACGGGACGCUUAAAGAAUCAUUCCAAGCUUUGUUUUUCAUUGAUGAAUUGAGAGAAGUUACCGGGGAAGAACAAGUGGAAGUGAUUGUGACCAUCGACGAAGAGGAAUACGACAAAGCCCGUGAGGAGUUAAUCAGAGAAGCACAAGGUGUUUUUUUUUCUCCCAGUUUUCCAGUUACGUUAACGCACGGAUGAUACCUAAUUGCUAUUUUAAAACUGGAAAAGUGUGCAAAGAGGAAAAUCAUUUUAAUUUUUGUUGUGAACUUGGGUAGCACUGAACCCGGAAAAAUCAUUAUAUGAUUAGAUGGGUAUUUUGGAUGCUCUGUUUUCCUUACGUCAGUUCGCUCUCUUUUCACAUGCAGAAGCUUCUUUUGGUUUCAGGAGGCUGAGAAGAGAGAAAAAGAAAGCGCGAGUGGGGACUCGUUUCCCUCUUUCCAACGUUCCCCGCGCGUCUACAAUAAUUAUUUUUAUUAUUAUCGUUUUUUUUUAAUGGAAUCCCUGAGGGAGCGUCUGUUUAGGAGAGAGAGAGUUAAGUUCAUUAUUUUGUUUUCCUUUACACUUGGUUUAAUUCUAUCAUGUAAAGGUCCUGUUGUGCAGAUGGAGGAGUGGCGGGAGAAAGUCGCUUACAUUCAGAAUUAUUUAGCACAAACCAAGGAUAUCGAUACACAAAGCUUCACAACAGAAACAAGCGACAGUGGAAUAUCAAGAUCACAUGCUGCUCCUUCUGAACUUGGCGGACCUGAGGAAACCAGCGGUAAGAUUUCACUAAAGUUAUUGUUAGAGGUUGUAUUCAAACUGAAGUCUAAUGAACAAUUAUUCCUCGAGCCCGAAUGGGCUCUGAGUCAAUAGCCCAUGAGGCCGAAGGCUGAAUGGGCUAUAUUAACUCAGAGGCCAUGAGGGUGAGGGGAAUAAUUGUUUAAGAAAAAUCCAUCUAGUUGAUAAAAAAUAUCGAGACAAAACAACUUUAGCUAGCAAAACGUGAUUCAGCCGCCAUUGUUUUGGUUUUCAAAGCCGGCUCUUUUCGCUACUAGUAGGCUAUAACAUAUUUAAGCAAUAGAAAACGUUUUCCGUGUUUGUAUACCCUGAUAUAAAAACGAGAGGAGUUGGGAGAAUUCGAGACAGUUAUGCAAACCCGAGAGGAAGUCGAGGGUUUGCAUAACCGUCGAGAAUUCUCCCAACGCCUCAUCAUGUCAUCAAGUCUAAGCGCGACUGCCUCAAGGCAAACAAUGCAGAAUAUUGUUAUGGCAGCUAUCGAAUUCUCUCUUGAAAAGACUGAAUUAAUUCCUCAAUUUUUGGACCUUUCCGAAAACUAUCUUCCGAUUGGUUUCAAUUAAUUGGUCUAAAAAUAACUUUGGUGAAAUUCACAUAUCCCAAGGGCUAGACAGGGCUCAGGCCUCUCUGGCCCGUUAUUCUCUCUCGGUUUAAUCCACUGAGUUGAUAAUAUAAGGAAAGGUUAGACGCUGACCCCACGAGCGCUAGCUGAGGUCAGAUUAAAUCGAUUCACUCUGACGAAGAGAAAGCACUCUGAGAGUUAGCACUUUUUUUGAAACUGUAAUUUCUUUACCCACGAAUCGACGCACUUAGAAGUUCUUAUGAACUCGUUUAAACAACGAAGUGAUUACUGCUUGUAUCAUUUCGCUACACUAUUUUUUCUGCUGGGGGAAAUUAACUAGUCGCAUUUCCUAUUUCCCCUUCUUUCUAGAUACCAUUUUCAAUCUUUGCUUAAAAGAUUUAGAUAGUACAGUGACGGAAGAAUUGGCACGUAGACUCCGAAAUGACCUGACUGCUCUGCGGCAAUUUUGCAAGGCAUUUGGACUGGACCCUGAGAAACUGAACCCCAAUAGGCUGCAAAGAAUAAGUGAAUUGUUUCCAGACACC